GAUGGGGACUGGAAAGAUGGCUUAAUAGAUAAAUGCCAACCAAGUGUGAGGACUGGAGUUCUCACAUAAACCCAGAACCUGCAUAAAAGUUGAAGAGCAGGGAUCUUCAGGGCAAGCAGACUACCUGGAAGUGGGCCAAGUGCUUUCGGGGCAAAAAAGUCCUUGGAGAUUAUGACAUCAAGGUGGAACAGGCGGAAUUUUCAGAGCUUAACCUGGUGGCCCAUGCGGAUGGAACCUACGCUGUGGACAUGCAGGUGCUCCGGAAUGGCACAAAGGUUGUCCGGUCCUUCAGACCAGACUUUGUGCUCAUCCGACAGCAUGCAUUUGGCAUGGCGGAGAAUGAGGACUUCCGCCACCUGGUCAUUGGCAUGCAGUACGCAGGCCUCCCUAGCAUCAACUCACUGGAGUCCAUUUACAACUUCUGUGACAAGCCAUGGGUGUUUGCCCAGAUGGUAGCCAUCUUCAAGACCCUGGGAGGGGAGAAAUUCCCACUCAUUGAACAGACAUACUAUCCCAACCACCGAGAGAUGCUCACACUGCCUACUUUCCCUGUGGUGGUGAAGAUUGGUCAUGCUCACUCAGGCAUGGGCAAGGUCAAAGUGGAAAAUCACUACGACUUCCAGGACAUUGCUAGUGUGGUGGCCCUCACCCAAACCUAUGCCACAGCAGAACCCUUCAUUGACGCCAAGUAUGAUAUCCGGGUUCAGAAGAUUGGCAACAACUACAAGGCUUACAUGAGGACAUCCAUCUCAGGGAACUGGAAGACAAACACUGGCUCUGCAAUGCUGGAGCAGAUCGCCAUGUCAGACCGGUACAAGCUCUGGGUAGACGCCUGCUCUGAGAUGUUUGGUGGCCUGGACAUCUGUGCAGUCAAAGCUGUACAUGGCAAAGAUGGGAAAGACUACAUUUUUGAGGUCAUGGACUGUAGCAUGCCACUGAUUGGGGAACACCAAGUGGAGGACAGACAACUCAUCACCGAUCUAGUCAUCAGCAAGAUGAACCAGCUACUGUCCAGGACUCCUGCCCUGUCUCCUCAGAGACCCUUAACCACCCAGCAGCCACAGAGUGGAGCACUUAAGGAACCGGACUCCAGCAAGACCCCACCUCAGCGGCCACCCCCCCAAGGGGGUCCUGGGCAACCCCAAGGAAUGCAGCCCCCAGGCAAGGUGCUGCCUCCACGUCGGCUCCCCUCGGGACCAUCACUGCCAUCUUCUUCCUCUUCCUCCUCCUCCUCUUCUUCCUCUUCCUCGGCUCCUCAGAGGCAGGGCGGCCCCACCGCCACCCACGGAGAUGCACCCUCCAGCAGCAACUCCCUGGCAGAGGCCCCACCGCCCCAGGCUGCUGCAUCACAGAAGCCUCAGGCUCACCCGCAGCUCAACAAGUCGCAGUCCCUGACAAAUGCGUUCAGCUUCUCUGAGUCCUCCUUCUUCCGGUCUUCAGCCAAUGAGGAUGAAGCCAAAGCCGAGACCAUCCGGAGCUUGAGGAAGUCCUUUGCCAGCCUCUUUUCAGAUUAGCUCUUCAGAUACACGAGGGCGCCCGGCCCAACCAGGAAAGGCAUCUAAGACAUUCAUCAACAACAGUCUGCCAUGUUUGGUGGCAAUGUUCCAUGACUUGACAUGUGUGGUCCCUUCUUCUGUUCCUUUGUGCUCAGUAAUUCGUGCAGCCCAGGAAUGACCAGGUGAUGGUCUCAGGGCAGGUGCCUACCCUGAGAGGGACUGACAGGAGAGGAAAGGGCUGUUUCCCUGUAGUCUUAAGAGCUUUAUUCUGAAGUCAUUGUUGCUGUGAAUUUAGUGGCCUUAUUGUGACAGAGCCAUUGUGUCUUACUCUUCCCUGUGAAGCCAGGAUCUCUGUAAUGGAGUACUCCUAGCAGCUUAACCCAGCUCAGAUGCAGAGCUAAGCAUGUCCUUGUAGUCAGUGCUACCUGUGGGAAGAAUGUACUUGCCUAGAAGUACCGUUGGCUCUGAGUUUUAGGAACUUUCCCCAAAGCUGGGUGUCCUGUGACACCCGUUGAAAGCACACUCACCAGACCCUCUGCUCCCUAAACUGCUGUGGUAGUGAAGUUCCUGUGUCUGUUGAACCAAGAGAACCAGGACUGCCGUGUCUCCUCUCUCCCCUCCAGAGAGCACUUCUGUUGUGUGAACUGCAGUAACCUUGGCCUCCCAAAGCUGCUCUGUAGAAGAGAAUGCAUGCCGCUAUAACAGCAGUCGCCAGCCUUUGUGUUCCUCACCUAAUGAAUGUCAAGAUCUUGGUGUAAUAAAAGCAGCAGCAUUAACCGGCAUUUGAUUCAGCCCUGAGGUUCCCCUAUCUAGGUUGAGCACAUACAUGGGGCAUGCAGGUGUGUUUGUGAGUAGGGAGUGAAAAGUCCAGGAGGGUAAAACUGCUGUUGUUGGGUGUGUGUGUGAGACAGCAGGUGUAUGUGUCUGUGUUGAGAAUGUGUCUAUACUUUAAAUCACAUACUGACACUCCUUACAGCUCCCCAGUGGAUCCGCCUCCUCUAGAACGGCUAACUUACCAUCAACAGCUUGGCAUUUCUACCCAUUUGAUUCAAUCCACAGAGUCUAAUCUGCAUAGCACCCCUGCUUGCAUAUCAGCCAAGUUAGACCCACUCUCCCAUCUUUCAUCAGUAUCCUCAGCUAAAGUCCACAAGGUAGAGCAGAAGCAACCGACUCUAGUGAAUGUGGUCCCACAGCUGUAGCUCAGCAGGCCUGCUGCUCAGAAGGCCUGCUGCUGGGGCAGGCUCUGAGGGAUUUUAUUCCGACAUCUUCAUGAUUCUCUGAGGGUGUUUCUAAAGACUACUCAUGCUCUGAAGAUAAAUUCCACAUUUACACAUGUUUAAGAAAAAUCAGUGUGUUAGCAUUUUAGCUACAUAAUUCCCUGGAUUGACAUGAAUUCAACAAGUUAACACUCCUAAAAAUGCCACUGUCUGGCCCCUGCUCACAAGCAGGGAUUCCAGGAAGUCAGAGAAUGGAUUUUGGUGGUGCCAGCUCUCCUUUCUGAGUCACAUUUAUCCCAUGUUUUAGGAUCUAAGGACCGAGGCAAGUAAGGCAAGAAGUAGAAUCCCACCUCACCCAUUGAAUGGCACUUGAUGGGUGAUGUCCAUCCAUCCUUCCUUCCACGGUACACAUACUUAGGGUACAGACAGCCAAAUGAAAGACAAGGGGAGUCAGAAUAUAUCUCUCUCUCUCUCCCCUCUCUCUCGUGGGGAUGGAUCCCAGGGCCUCAGGGCCUCACUCAUGCUAGGCAAGUGCUGUGCCUCUACCUGCAUCCUAGUGAAGGAGAAGGGUCACAAAUCUUAGGUUUUGUUUGAAGAAAUGACAGCAAGUCAAAAUUCAAUAACUCGUUUAAGGUCAUCCAGUUGGUCAAGUGGUAGAACUAAGAUUGAAACCCAAACAACAGGGGCUCUGUAUGUGGCUCCUUGGGAACAGCACCUGCUACACAAGUAUGAAGAUCAAAGUUUGGAUCCUCAGAACUCAUGGGAAUAAAAACCAGGUGGGUGUGGUAGCCUUCCUAUAAUCCUAGUGUGUGGGAGGCAGGGACAGGGAAUCCCUGGAGGAAACUGUUCAAGAUUCGGCCAGAAACCCUGUCUCAAUAUAUAAGGUGGAGAACAAAGAAGAAAGACAUCUAGAAUCAACCUCAGUCCUCCACAUGUUCACACAUAUGCACGUGUCCCUGUAUACAUGUGCUCACAUGUAGAUGCAUACACAUAUGUACACUGCAAAGAGAAAGCCAAGCAAUAGGGUUCAUGGUCUUAAUCACUUUGCUAUAUUUUAAUCAAUCUUGCAGGGUCAAUAAGAAAUAAUUUUAUCAUUUUUUCAUAGGGUAACUAUAUAAUAAAGUGUAUACAAACCUAGCCAAGGGUGGGCUUGUCACCAGUGUUGACCCAUUGGCCUAAAACUAUGAGUAACCUGCACUGUGUGUCUUAUUCUGUUCAAAUAUAAUUCUGGUUCUUAAAAAAUUACUCAUUCUUCCACAUGUGAUGUCAAAACCAAAACCACAAGUAGCUUAUUUAGAAAAUGAGUCACCCUGGAAGGACUGUUGGGGUAACAAAAAGGGGAGGCACUUACCACAGUCAUGCAGUACCCUAGUCAAGGGAUACAGGGAUUCUACCCAGCCCCUACUAAUAGAUCUGGACCAGAGGUGGGGGUGUCCCAUUGAGAAGCAGACUUCUUGGUAUUUAAAAAGAUGAUCACAGAGUCUUGGAAAACAGUACCACACAAUGGUCAAACAUCCAGUGAAUAGUGUGAGUCAAAUGAUCAAAGGUUGGGUCAAAUGGUUGAUGCUAGUCUGCUGUAGAUUCCCAAGCCUUUGGUCUGUAGGCCAACUGGCUGCCAUGUAGAUUAGAUUACCUCUCUGUAGCUUAUUGGAAUUUUCUCUGACAUCCUCAGCACAGAUGAGCAAACAAAAAGCUUCAUCUCUGCCCUUGUGGGGCUCCCCACCACCCAGAUCAAGGUGAAUAAAUUCUGUUCAUUAUGUA